UAUGACUACUGCUUCCCACUCAUUAUCAUCGUUUAUUGCUAUUACCACAUUGUCGGAGCCAUCGUUCACCACGAAAAAGCGUUGCGUGAGCAGGCCAAAAAGAUGAACGUCUCCUCGCUCCGCUCCAAUUCCGACCAGACUGCCCAGAGCGCUGAGAUCCGUGUCGCCAAAAUCGCCAUGAUGAACAUUUCUCUGUGGGUAGCUGCUUGGACACCUUACGCUGCCAUUUGCUUGCAAGGAGCCGUCGGAAAUCAGGAUAAGAUCACGCCUUUGGUCACCAUUUUGCCAGCUCUGAUUGCCAAAAGCGCGACGAUCUUCAAUCCUGUUGUUUACGCCAUCUCACACCCGAAAUAUCGUCUGGCUUUACAAAAGGCACUUCCGUGGUUCUGCAUUCAUGAAAAAGAGGAAAAAGAGCCACCUCAAGAUCGAAGAGAAGAUUCUCAAUCAAUAGCAACAACUAAUACAAAUUCUUCUGACGUGACGUUGCCUUAAAUUAUUACGGGCACUGUCCGUGAACAGAAAAGAAAACCAUGAAUCUCACUCUACGAUGUCUCCGAAUAUAUUAAAAAUUGAUCCUCAUAGUUACUGUACUCAUCAACAUGAAUUAUUAACCCUUCACCCUCAAUCAUUUUAAUUGGAACACCAAAUAUACUGCAAGUCUUAUUA